UAACCAACGGCAAAAACAACAACAAUAAUUUGUACACACACAGCAUAUCGACUAUGAAGAAUACUACACGACACGCGAUCCCGAUCUGCUCGCUAGCAAUUUUACCACAAACUUAGGCUUCUUGACCAACAAUUGGCGUCACAUGUUGGGCAGGCCGACAAUCACAUUAAUGGCUACGCAUUAUAUGCUAGACCAGGACAAGAUUCCGCUGGCCAUGAUCCAGACGAUGCGCAAGCUGAAGUCGGGCUACAUAAAUGGCACUCGGGUCAUGCUGGGCAACCUGAAGGACUUUCUCAACACCUCGGCGAUCACGGACUUGAGCUUCCUGGGCAGCACCGAGGACGGCUAUCCGGACCGGCUGCAUCCGGACGUUCAGACCUAUUUGGAUGAGCAUCUGCUGCGCUCGUUCAGCAAUCGCAGCACCAUGAAUCUACGCGGCGGUCAGCUCCGUCCGCGACACCUGCGCCGACGCAUGUCCUGCAAGGGCGCCAUCAAGAAGACGCGUUCCAUCAAUGUGGACUCCGAUAACUUGGGCAUGGAGGGACCGACGCCACUGACCGAACGCCGCCUCUCGUCGAUCGUGCCGCCGCCCUGGCUGCAGCCCAACAAGCAGGGUCACGUCAGCACCUUUGCCACCACGCCCGAGGAGGGGCCCAGCUCGCCGCCGCACCUGGGCGGGGAUCUGGGUCUGCGCGAGAACAUCUACCCCAUGGAUCCGCAGCACAGCCGCUCGGCCAUCGAUCGCCGCAGCGAAUUUGUGCGCCAGCAAGAGAUAACUGUGCCCAAAAUUCUCAUUCAACGCCAUCGCGUGGACACCAACUUUGCGGACACAGAGGUGGAUGAGCUGAUCGCGAUGCUGCGCGAAACCGAGAAUCUCGAGGAGCAGGGCGACAUCCUACAAUAUCUGGUCGAUACUCAAGGCCUGGACUUCAAUACGGCGGGUCUGGGCUUAAGGCACAAAACUGAUGACAAUGCCGCUGAGCUCGAACAAGCGUUCGUGGACGAUGCAAUGCUCGAGUUGUCAACUGCUGGUGGUGGUGGUGGUGCAGCUGCUGGUGCUGCUGCUGCUGCUGGUGCUGGUGAGGGCAAGCCUGUGGUUGCGGCUGUGCCUACAGUGAUCAUCGAUGCCACGUCUCCCACAUCUAAGGACGAGGACAAUGCCAAUCUGACCGGCGCCUCCGCCUCCGCCUCCGCCUCCGCCGCCGCCGCCGCCGCCAAUAACAGCAGCAACAACAACAAGAACAACAUCUUGAAUAACAACGAUUCUUCUCACUCUGAAGGCAUGCUGGAGGAGGGACGUGUGGUGACCAUUAGGGAUCUGCUGAAGGGCCUGUACGAGAAGGCCUGCCAGGAGAAGCUCUGGGGCCUGGUGCGCCAUACAGCCGGCAUGCUGGGCAAGCGCGUCGAGGAUCUGGGCAAGGCGGUCACCGAUCUGCUGGUGCGCCAGAAGCAGGUCACCGUCGGCAUGCCGCCCAACAACGAGCACACCAUAACGGCACCCUUGCCGGAGGUUGAGCUGCGUCAGCUAAUACACGAUGCCUACGGCGACGAUGAGAGCACAGCAAUGUUGACACAGGAGCUGAUGGUCUACCUGGCCAUGUUCAUACGCACUGAGCCGCAGCUGUUCCACGAGAUGUUGCGUCUGCGCGUGGGCCUCAUCAUUCAGGUCAUGGCCAAGGAGCUGUCGCGCACGCUUAACUGUGACGGCGAGGCUGCCUCGGAGCAUCUACUUAAUCUGUCGCCCUUCGAGAUGAAGAACUUGCUCUACCACAUACUCAGCGGCAAAGAGUUUGCGGUCAGCAGCGCAGUGGCUCGUGGCAAUCUGUCGAUAGUGAGCUGCAAGUCGAGUCGGGUCAGCAAGAAGAGUCAGAUUGGACUCGGCGAUCCGGAGGGUGAGGAUGCGCUAACGGCGACCAUCGACGAUCGCCAGGGCCAGUGGCUGCGCCGCCGGCGACUCGACGGCGCCCUGAAUCGCGUUCCACGUGAUUUUUACUCGCGCGUCUGGACCGUGCUGGAGAAGUGUCAAGGACUCGCCAUUGAGGGUCGCGUACUGCAGCAGAGCCUUACGCAGGAGAUGACGCCGGGAGAGCUUAAAUUCGCCUUGGAAGUCGAGACGGCACUCAAUCAAAUACCCCAGCCGGAGUACAGGCAGCUGGUUGUUGAGGCGCUUAUGGUGCUGACCCUGGUCACCGAGCACAACAUGGUGCCCUCGUUGGGUGACAUCAUCUGUGUCGAGCAUUUGGUGCACAAGGCGAAUCAGCUGUUCCUAGAGGAUCAGCGCAAGGUGCAGGGCGAUGCGACGCUGUGCUGUGCCAAGCUCAAGGAUGGCAAGGAGCAGCAACAGGCUGCCUCCGGCAUGUUGCUCUGCGGUGGUGCUGCCUACAUUUGUCAACAUCUCUACGAUAGUGCACCCAGCGGCAGCUAUGGAACCAUGACGUACUUGUCGCGCGCCGUCGCUCUAGUGCUGGACUGUGUGCCCAAGCAUGGUGAAAUGGAAUGCGCAAUCUCCUAAAGCCAAUGUGCGAACGCUACACUCAACCUGGAAACAAGCAAAGCGUCUGCAGGACGACGCUCACUUAAUGCCAUGUACUGUACUAUCGACGACUUAUGCUAUUGUCUUUAGCUCUCGCUCUCGCUCUCUCUUGUUAUCACACUAUCUCUCUCUCUUUGAUUAUCUGGCUGUAGGCACACAGUCUCAUUCUCUCUCGCUCGCUCGCUCGCGUCGUACUUGCGUCUGGCCGUGUAUUUAGCCCAACGAUAUGUUAAGUCUGAGAUCCGCCCCGACUCGGCAAUGCUGCUGUAUAUAUGUAUUUUGUAGACCAUCCGCCUACUCAGCAAUUUGUUAAUGUGUUUCUUUUUUGUUGAAAUUCUUGAGCGGCAGGCAAUCCGGGAGCCAAACGCACCAACACAACAAUCUCUGUACACUCCCAGCAACGAUCAAAGUGCACGCUUCCGCCGCAUACAUUGAAUAUGUAUUAUCACAAUAAUUGAUUGAUUGAAUUUUACACGCCAAUGACAAUUGCAGUUUCCAAACGGGACUUCGAACGACACGUUUUAAAUAUGUUUUUUUCUCUAGAUCUACUAAGUUGCAAGUUAUUAUUGUAAAACAUAAAAAAAAAAAGAAUAAAUAUAUAUGACAAGAGUA